AUGGUCACACGUGAGGAUAUUACAGCUAUGGGGGAUAUUAGAUCAGCACAAGUAUUUGUGGUAGACUUUACGCGGUUGCUAAGGCAGUGUAAAGUAAAUACAAAAAGGGACAAAGACACUCGUAUAGAUGAACCACAAGUUGAAAUGUUUUGGGCAGGGGAAUUGCAAUGGAACUUUUGGAGAUUGAUGGAACUGCUUCAGGAUGGGAAAAUUGUUAAACUAGAGACUUGUCACAUGAUGUCACGGAUUAGGGUGAGAUAUAGUAAUGGGGGGAGAUUAGAUAUCACAUGUCCCAUGACUGCAUGGAUGAAGGAAAUGAGGGAAUUGUUUGAGCGUGUAGAACGAUUGAUAACUAAGAUGUCUGCAUCAAAGAGGGCUGUGUUGCAACCAAUUUUUCUUAGUGUUUGUCAAGAUGCUGCCAUUGUUAUGGAUAAUAUGUGUGAAUGGAUAUUGAAGACCGCAAACUCAACUUGACAGACGAUGAGAUUAUAAGUUCCGGUUAAAUCAAAAGGGUCAUUGAGUUAGAGUGUCAUUAUUAAAUUUUACAAAUUACAUUAGAAAAUUAGAUUAGAUUGCAAUCUUUUAAGCUUAAAGAAAUUACUUUUUAUAAACAUCAAUUCUUU